AUGAAGCUCACCAGCGCAUUCAUCACCGGUCUUCUGUCCGCCAGCAUCGCCGCCGCCGCUCCUGGCACUGCCAUGCGCCGCAAGCGUACUGAAGCCGCCAUUGCCUCCAGCCGUGCCGGUGCCCUCAAAGCACCCAAGCCAUUCCUCGCCGCCACCAAUGUAACUGCCGCCGUCCAUGGACCUGAGAACAAAUACGUCAGCUACUCCACCAACUGGGCCGGCGGUGUCCUCGAAGGCUCUGGUUUCAAAACCGUAACCGGCACUUUUACCAUCCCCAAAGUCACUGCUCCUUCUGGUGGUAGCUCCAGAACUCUGUACUCGGCAUCUGCUUGGGUGGGCAUUGAUGGGUACUCCUGCUCUUCUGCUAUUUUGCAGACUGGAGUCGACUUUAGCAUUCAGAAUGGUGCUGUCACUUAUGAUGCUUGGUAUGAGUGGUUUCCCGACUACGCCUAUGACUUCACAGGCAUCAGCUUCACCGCCGGUGACAGCGUCACCAUUACUGUAACCGCAUCUUCCAAAACCGGUGGUGUGGCUACCAUCAAGAACAAUAGCAAGGGCACUUCUGUCAGCCACUCCUUUACUUCUCAAACGUCUGGAAGCCUGUGCCAGACUGAUGCUGAGUGGAUCGUCGAGGACUUUACUCAGAUCCAGAAUGGACAAGAGAGUCUUGUUCCUUUGGUCAACUUUGGCACUGUCACUUUUACUGGUGCUUCGGCUACUACGAACAGUGGAUCCAAACUUGGUCCUGGUAAUGCUGAGGUCAUUGAUCUUAUCUCUGCUAACGGGAAGACUGUUUUGACUGACGUUACUGUUGGUUCUUCUACUGUUGCUGUUGUCUACGGAUGA